GUUCUGCAUCUUUGACACUGCAACACCACACAAGCGACCUUGACAUCGCGCCGCAGCCAUGAACUGUCAAAGGACACUAUUCCGAGCCCUGAGAGCCGUCCCGCGGCGGCAGCACGUCAGGGCCUUUUCAAACUUUCCAGUCCCAGGCGGCUUCCCUCCCGUCGCAGGAGGCGGCAGCCCGCCCGUCGGAAACAUCCCUCUGCCCUACAUCACCGAGGUUUCGUCGAGCGGAUGGAGAACAUACGACAUCUUUUCCAAGCUGCUUCAGGAACGCAUUGUUUGCCUCAAUGGCGCGAUCGACGAUACCGUUUCCGCAUCGAUAGUAGCACAGCUCCUGUGGCUCGAGUCCGAUAGCCCCGACAAGGCGAUUACAAUGUACAUCAACUCACCAGGAGGCUCAGUAUCAUCAGGACUGGCCAUCUACGACACAAUGACAUACAUCAAGUCACCAGUAUCAACAGUCUGCCUCGGCGCCGCCUCCUCCAUGGCAGCGCUGCUUCUGACGGGAGGCGAGGCUGGCAAGAGAUACGCCCUGCCUCACAGCUCCGUCAUGAUUCACCAGCCGCUUGGCGGGACGCAGGGCCAGGCGUCGGAUAUCCUCAUCUACGCGAACCAGAUCCAGCGCAUCCGAAAGCAGAUCAACGAGAUUAUGAAGCGCCAUAUCAACAAGUCGUUUGGGAACGACAAGUACAGCUUGGAGGAGAUCCACGACCUGAUGGAGCGCGACAACUACUUGUCGGCGGAGGAGGCCAAGAGCAUGGGCGUCAUUGACGAGAUUUUGACGCGGAGGGAGGAGAAGGACCUCAAGGAGAAGGAUUCGACGGAGGAGCACAAGACGAAGCCCUAAGCCAUGGGGGGCUUGCUCAAUUGAUAUCCAGAAGUGUGAUUUGUAACACCGGCUCUAUUCGUAGUGAAGCUAAGGGAGCUGAGCCGCGAUUGUAGGAGAGGAUUAUGGAGGCAGCACGCGCGUUGCCGGGUAGCCGCGACCCACUUCCGGCGGGAUCGGUCUGAAAAACUGGGGCUCUUCCGGGACCGGAAGCAUUCCGGGCUUAUCGGAAAUAAGCAUGAGGUAAUCUGAUGAGGUAAAGUUGGGAACAACUUCACAACACCUUGAUGUUUCUCACGGCCUCGGACUAUCUUCAUUCAAAACAAUAGAGACUCUAUGCAAGUUCAAUUGAAGAUAAGCUGCACC